AUGAGUGAACCCGAGCCCGUGCCGAAUCCCACCGAGUUCCUGCCGUUGGCCACGUCCAGCGACGGCGAUCUCCGGGCCAACUUUUCCGACGGAAAUCCAAUCACUGCGCCCGAAGAAAAGGUGCAGCCGCAAACGCUGCCGCUUCUUUCGCUGACGCCGCCCUCGGUGGCGAAAGCGCUCAUCCGGGCGUACCCGUACCUUCUUAUAGUGAACAAGACCCUUUCUGUGGCCACAUGGACCAACGACGACUAUUGGGUCAAUGCGGUGAUCAUGUGCUUGUAUACGUUUGUAGUAUUGUAUUUUGAGACGUUGAUGACGUGGCUGGGCCACUUGAUCUUGGUGGCGGUCGUGGUGAUGUACUCCGUGCUCAACAACAAGAUCAUGGAGGAAACGAACCUACGCCCGACUUUGGACGAUGUGAUCCAGGCGCUCUCCACGACAUGCAUCAAGGCGGAUAUUUUGCUCACCCCGGUGACGACCAUGGCCUUGACGGCGUACGACAUCAAGCGCCUUUUGUUCACCACGGUGUUUCUCACGCCGGUGUACUUGAUAGUGACGUUCUUGUUAAUUCCGCCGCGGACCAUUCUCUUGUUCUUGGGACUCUUUCUCUUGCUGUACCACCUGUCGUUCAUGCGCGUCACUCGUAGGAUGUUGUGGAAACUUAAGGUGGCCCGUAUUUUGUGCUUCUACCUCACCGGGUUGGACUUCUCCCAGGCGCGCAAUAGUUCUCUCUUCGCUGCUGCUUUUGCCAAGGUCCAGAAGGCGGGCACGGGCCUGCCUCGCCUGGGCGGCUUCUCGAGCCCCGUUCGCUUCACUUACGUGAUCUACGAGAACCAGCGUAGGUGGCUCGGCAUUGGCUGGACUCUGAACCUUCUCACCUACGAGCGCGCUCCCUGGACCGACGAGUUUCUCAACGAGUCUUCUUCUUUGGAUCACUUCGAGCUUCCAAAUGCAGACAACUCCCUGUCUUCCGUUCUGCACCCAGCAGCAGGCGACGAGCCUUCUUUGGGUUCGGCUCGCUGGAGAUGGGUCGACAAAACUUGGCGUCUCGACUUGACCAACGAUGGUGCAAUCACUUUGGCGCCAGGCAAACGCUCCAAGACAACGGUCCAACCCACCAGUGACGAGGGCUUCAUUUUCACCGAUAAUGUGUGGAAAAAACCAUCUACCGAAGACUCAUACUCAAAGUACACCCGCCGGCGCCGUUGGAUCCGUACUGCAGAGCUCGUCUUCAACUCUACCGUUGGAAACGCUAGCACCGUCAAUGAGGCCACAUCCAUUGGCGAGACCUCUCCAUCCGCAGCAAGACGGAGAAAGAGUUUGAGAUUUGCAGACGACGAUGAAGAUGUUGCUUCUGCCUCUGGCAUAUCGAAAGCUCUGGAGGUUGCUCUUGAAGAAGAUUAA